UGUUCAAUGCAAUAUUUAUGUAGGCUCUUAACAGAUUUUAAAUUUGGCCCCUCACAGAGAUCAUUUUGUGCCCCUCCGCACCUCCACCAUACAAACCCGGGUCAUGUCUCCUCCACCGCAGUAGAUGGCGGUAGAAAGUCAGAUUGUUGACAAAUCCACCGACAGAAUACUGUAAACAAGAGGUCGCUUUCUGGUCCUGUAUAAACCCUGGCUUAAAAUAUAUCCGGAUGAUUUGCUUAUACAGUUGGAAUCAGAAUAAAAGUGUUAUAGUCCUGACCUUAGAGUCAUGGAGACAGGUUCGCUAUCUGCUCGGAGGCUACGUCGGAAAAAAACGGAACAAAACACGCAACGGGUGCCACCUAAGAAUGGCUGCACCUUGUCGUUACAAAAAACUGCAGAUCUGCCCUCUGACCUGACCUGCCCUGUAUGGGUGAAACAGGAAUCGGAUCUACCUCAGUCAGAAUAUUUGCCCUGUCUUCAAUUUAAAGAAAUAAAGAAGGAGUCUACUGAGAUGAACAAAUUCAUUAAAAAGGAACAGCAUGAUGACUGUAACCUGUCUCUAACGAGUGAAGCAUCCCGUCAGUGUGACGAUAACGUACCACAUGGUCUGAUUCCUCCAAUUGAAAUGGAAGAUGACGAGACUGAUGUAGAAUGCGCCGAAAACUUCGAUACGCGUGUAACUGCGUUUUUAAAUAAAUCAAGAAAUGCUGCUAAAGUCAAAAAGAAAUGCACACACAAACCUCAGAAACAUACGAAACAUCAGUGCGUCAAGGGCCGUGAUGGCAGGACGUUGAAAACGCACACACAACCUGACAGUGAAGAUGUAUUUCAGUGUGACAUUUGUGGGAAAAAGUUCAAACGGUACGACCUUCUUAGCGACCACAGGAGAGGACACGGCAGAAAAAGGCCGUACGCUUGUGAUCAGUGUGGCAUGAUGUUCGCCAAACCGGCUUAUCUGAAAAUCCAUCUGCGCAGACAUGCUGGAGAAAGGGCAUUCCCUUGUGACCAGUGUGGCAAGAGGUUUUUCGACAAAUAUGACUUAGGAGUGCACCAGCGAGAUCACACAGGAGAGAGACCGUACGUGUGUCGAGAGUGCGGAAAGGGCUUCAAGCGGAUUUAUAUACUAAACAAACACAUGAAAACUCAUUCAAACGAAAAGCCUUUUGAGUGUAAUGUCUGUGGGAAAGCCUAUAAAUAUGGGUACAGUUAUAGGUUGCACAUGAAAAGUCAUUCAGAAUAGUCAUGGCCACCCAGCAACAGCUGCAUAGUUUUUUAGACAUAAUAUCAUAUGUUUUAUAUAACAACAAACAACUUGUGAAAUAGCUUGAAACAGAUAAAUAUAUUUGUGUAGUUAUUUUGCAGUUUGUACUGAGAAUUUUGGAUUGUUGGUUAUUCGAACAUUAUUUCACUACUGUGUAUCCAAAAUAAGAAAUCAUUCUACCAGAGGGGGUCUGUUUUUCAUCAGAUUUUAGUUGAGAGUCCACUAUGACACAGUUGCACUGAUAAUUUAGUGCACUGAAUGGGUUUAAUGCCCGCAUAGUAAUUCUGCUUUUUUUUUUCCUUUUUCCUGAAGUGAUUGAAGUAAAAACAUUUAAUCCUUAAUGUCAUGGUAUAGAUCAGGGGUCACCAAACUUGAGCUACUUCUUGGGUACUGAUUAAUGUGAA